CACUGCGCAUGCGCAGAGCGUUGGCAGGUUACACGAGUUUGUUUCCAGCUUUUUCUUGGACUGGGUUCGGGGUGGUGUGUGGUGGAGCUUUGUUGUGUUCUCCAGGAGUGUUAGGACACGAGUGGAGACGCAGAAACAAGGUUUGGAGUUUAGUCGGGACGCGUGAGAUGUUGCUGCGUGGUUUGUGCGACGGUCAAUCCAAACCAGGCUAGUUUUGCUAAGAGUUAGCAGCUCGGCUAGCUGUCGUAUUUACUUUUUUUUAACCACCUCUGUUUUCCCUGAAUGAAGCGCGUUGUAUCGACGCGAGGUUUUAUCCCAAGCCUGCUUGUUUAUAACCAUCCGUAACCGUCGGCUGAUAUCGGCCGCGGCUCGGUGAGUUUUUGUGAUUUCAGUGCUCGCACACGACGGCAGAGCAGCUUGGCUAAUAACGUUAGCUACUUUUGUGCUGUGAGUGAGGGCUGCCACAAGCUAGCCGCAUUAGCGUUCAUUAUUUAGAGUCGUCGAGUCACGUUUACCGUACCGGUGCUGAAAUGUGGCACUAAUCCGUGGCUGCCUGAUUGCUAGACGUCGAGUUGUUUUGACUGAUAUGGCAGCCAGCGGCUACUCAGACCUGAGGGAGAAGCUGAAGUCCAUGACUCCACACAGGGAUGAGUACAAAAAUAAAUACGCGGAUGGCGGCGAACGAAGUCGAAAACGAAAGUAUCGGGAGUCCGAUGAAGAUGAUGUGGACCACAGUGAUGACAGCACGGAGCUCAGGGAGCAGGAGGCCCGCCGGGUGAGGAGCAGCAUCCAGCAGAAGAGCAUCUUCACGCCGGAGGAGUGCGUCCGCAUCGAGGAGAAGAUCGACGAGGUGGUCGCUAAAGCAGAGGCUGGACUCUACCGUGAGCACACAGUGGACAGAGCGCCCCUCCGCAAUAAAUACUUCUUCGGGGAAGGCUACACGUAUGGAGCCCAGCUGGAGAAACGUGGACCUGGCCAAGAGCGGCUGUACCGCAAAGGAGAGGUGGAUGACAUCCCAGGCUGGGUGCAUGAGCUGGUGAUCAACCGGCUGGUGUCUGAUGGAAUCAUCCCAGAAGGGUUUGUCAACAGUGCUGUCAUCAAUGAUUAUCAACCAGGCGGCUGCAUUGUUUCCCAUGUAGAUCCUCAGCACAUCUUUGCCCGGCCCAUCGUCUCUGUGUCCUUCUUCAGUGACAGUGCACUCUGCUUUGGCUGCCGAUUUCAGUUUAAACCUAUCCGGGUGUCCGAGCCCGUGUUUGUCCUGCCUGUGAGAAGAGGCAGCGUCACAGUACUCAGUGGCUAUGCUGCAGAUGACAUCACUCAUUGUAUCCGGCCCCAAGACAUCAAGCAGAGGCGUGCUGUCAUCAUUCUUAGGAAAACCAGACCUGAUGCUCCUCGACUGGAUUCUAACAGUGCGUUAAGAUCCUCCCAUGCAGAGAGACACGUCCCUCUGAAAGCCAAACGUUCUCAUCGUAAAGCAGACCCCGAUGCCGCUCACAGGCCAAGGAUUCUGGAGAUGGAUAAAGAGGAGAACAGACAUCCAUCACUCUCCCGCCACCAUCGCCACAGCAUCAGCUCAGAGAACUACUGGGGACGUGGCCAUGAUGACGACAACGAUGAUAAACACACGGAGAGUUCAGGACGCAAAGUCAAAAUGAGACGUCAUUGAGAACUUUGCACAGGCGUGCACACAUACCUGAUUUUUUGUUUUUAAUAUAUAAUUCAAAUUUGCAACAUGCUCUGAUCAGUUGUCAUUUUCUUGCUCUGAUUUAAAUCUGCACAGGGAGCAUGCUCAUCUGCAGUUACAGAAUCUUACGCUGUGCAGCUUGGCGAUGACGUUAAACUCUUAACAUCCCUCAAACAUUUGACUCUGUGGUCAUAGAUACUUGGAUUUUUCUUUUCUUUUUUGUAAGUCUUUGAGAGGGGAAGGGGGAACCAAGAUGUACAAACCUUUUGUGAGCUAAGAGCAUGUAUGGAUUUGUACAAAAAGACAAACCCCACCUGUAAUGUAACUUGUUAUACUGUACAAUAAGUUUGUAUAGAUUUUGAUUGGGGGGGAAUGUUAAUGCAGGAAGAAAUUUUAGUUUCCUAGAUGGUGCCGUUUGUUCAUUUAGACCUCAUUGCAGUUUUAGUUGGGGCUGUCAGGUUUUUGCUGUAGUACAUCGGUUUUGUGCAUGUUGCAGUCUGGUCACCUGAUCUGAUGCUUCAUGGAGUAUUUAAAAAAAAAAAAAUGCUGGCCUUAUUAAUACUAAUUUUAACUUUUAAGGUUACUUUUGUGACAGGUGGUAUUUGAUCAUGUCUGGUUCAGUUCAGAACAUAAUUUAAGCGUUAGUGCCCCUAAUGUCUUGUCUAACUGAAGUUUAAAGUCUUGACUGAGGGGGAAAAA